AUUAUUUAAAUCAAUAUGCUAAACGACACUAACAAAAAAUUAAUCAAACUUAUCAAAUCAUCAGCCUUUCAAAUAAACAAAAGAAUGUCAUGGCACCAUUUUCUCCAACUCCAACUACUUCCUCUGUCUUUUUCUUUAAUUAUCAUCUUCUUUUGCAUUAGUUAAUGACAAAGGCAUCUUUUCCUCGCAACACACCAUGAUGAAACAUUGCUGAAGUCUUUGUCUUUGCCUCCCUGAAACCUCUCUGUGUUGAUUUUUCUUUUCCAUAUUUCAAUUGGUGCCAUUGAAUUACCAUCUUUCUAAUCAUUCUAGUUCCGCGAUCCGGUGCUGAGAAAAGAUUCCUUGGAACCACUUUCCAAUGGCAUUGAGCAGCCAAAGGGCCUUCACUUCUGCUACUGCAGUUUGUCCAUGGAAAUACCAAGUGUUUUUGAGUUUCAGGGGUGAAGACACUCGCAGGGGUUUUACUGACUAUCUAUAUAGACAGUUGGACUGGCGAGGAAUUAGAACUUUCAGGGAUGAUCCAGAUCUUGAAAGAGGGACAGAUAUCAAUCCGGAGCUCCUCACUGCGAUUGAACAAUCAAGGUUUGCAAUCAUAGUUCUUUCAACAAACUAUGCUACUUCAAGUUGGUGUUUGCGUGAACUAACCCAUAUUGUUCAGUCCAUGAAAGAGAAGGAGAGAAUUUUCCCAAUCUUUUAUGAUGUGGAUCCCUCUGAUGUACGACAUCAACGGGGGAGUUAUGGGGCAGCUCUCGUUAUCCAUGAAAGGAAUUGUGGGGAGGAGAGAGAGGAGGUGCUUGAGUGGAGAAAUGCUUUGAAAAAAGUUGCUAAUCUCGCUGGGUGGAAUUCAAAGGAUUAUAGGUAUGAUACAGAGCUUAUCACAAAAAUUGUUGAUGCAGUGUGGGAUAAAGUGCAUCCCACAUUUUCAUUGUUAGAUUCCACAGAGAUAUUAGUCGGACUUGAUACUAAACUAAAGGAAAUAGAUAUGCAUUUAGAUACAAGCGCAAAUGAUGUGCGCUUUGUGGGGAUAUGGGGGAUGGGCGGAAUGGGUAAGACAACCCUAGCUAGAUUAGUUUAUGAGAGAAUUUCUCAUAGUUUUGAAGGUAGCAGCUUUCUUGCGAAUGUCAGAGAGGUUUGUGCAAGUGCAAGUGCAACACAUGGUCUAGUUCCUUUACAGAAACAGCUUCUUUCCGAUAUUUUGAGGAAAGAAAAUAUACAAGUUUAUAAUGCUCAUAUUGGAUUUACUAUGAUAAAGAGGUGUCUGUAUAAUAAAAAGGUUCUUCUCAUUCUUGAUGAUGUAGAUCAAUCAAACCAACUGGAAAUGUUGAUCAGAGAAAAAGACUGCUUUGGUUUAGGAAGUAGAAUCAUCAUUACAACUAGAGAUGAACGCUUGUUAGUCGAACAUGGGAUUGAGAAGAUAUACGAGGUCAUGCCAUUAACCCAAGAUGAAGCUGUUUAUCUCUUUAGUAUGAAGGCCUUUAGAAAAGAUGACCUUGAAGAAGAUUAUCUGGAACUGUCUAAAAAUUUCAUAAACUAUGCACGAGGUCUUCCAUUAGCUCUUAAAACUUUGGGGUCUUUUUUGUACAAAAGAAGUCGAGAUGAAUGGAUGAGUGCACUAGAUAAACUGAAGCAAGCUCCUGACAGAGAAAUUUUUCAAAUUUUGAAAAUAAGCUAUGAUGGACUAGAGGAAAUGCAGAAGCAAAUUUUUCUUGAUGUUGCAUGUUUCCAUAAGUCUUAUCUCAAGGAAGAAGUGAUUGAAAUACUAGACAAUUGUGGUUUUGUUGGCACUCGUAUUGUGAUACAUGUUCUUAUUGAGAAAUCUCUCUUGUCUAUUUCAGUUUUAGACAAUUGUGUGUAUAUGCAUGAUUUGAUACAAGAAAUGGCAUGGGAGAUUGUUCGUCAAGAGUCUUUUGAUAAGCCAGGUGGUCGCAGUCGCUUGUGGCUUCACAAUGACAUCGAUCAUGUACUCACGAACAAUACGGGAACGGAAGCCAUUGAAGGCAUAGUCCUACGCUUGCAUGAAUUUGAAGCGGCACACUGGAAUCCUGAAGCAUUCACUAAGAUGUGUAAACUAAGGUUGCUCAAGAUUAAUAAUUUGCGCCUUUCUUUGGGCCCAAAGUAUCUUCCCAAUUCCUUAAGGAUUCUGGAGUGGAGUUGGUAUCCCUCCAAAUAUCUGCCACCAAGUUUUCAACCUGUUGAGCUUGCUGAACUUCGUAUGCAGCAUAGCAAAAUUGAUCACCUUUGGAAUGGAAUAAAGUACAUGGUGAAGUUGAAAUGUAUUGAUCUUAGUUACUCCGAGAACUUGACAAGGACCCCAGAUUUCACAGGUACUCAGAAUCUUGAGAGGCUGAUUUUUGAAGGUUGUACUAAUCUUGUUAAGAUUCAUCCAUCCAUUGCCUCUCUAAAAAGACUAAGAGUUUUGAAUUUUAAAAACUGUAAAAGCAUUAAGAAUCUUCCAAGUGAAGUAGAACUGGAAUCUCUUGAAACAUUUGAUCUUUCUGGGUGCUCAAAAUUGAAAAAGAUUCCAGAAUUUGUGGGAGAAAUGAAGAAUUUUUCAAAGCUUUCUUUAAGCUUCACUGCUGUUGAGCAAAUGCCUUCAUCAAAUAUACAUUCCAUGGCGAGUUUGAAGGAGCUUGAUAUGAGUGGAAUUUCUAUGAGAGAUCCCUCAUCUUCCCUGGUUCCAAUGAAAAAUAUCGAACUGCCUAGAUCAUGGCAUUCUUUCUUCAGUUUUGGCUUACUUCCAAGAAAGAAUCCCCACCCUGUGAGUCUGGUGUUAGCUUCCUUAAAAGAUUUACGCUUUUUGAAGCGUCUAAAUCUGAAGGAUUGCAAUCUUUGUGAAGGAGCAAUACCUGAAGAUAUUGGUUUAUUGUCCUCUUUAAAAGAAUUAAAUCUUGAUGGAAACCAUUUUGUUAGCCUUCCUGCAAGCAUCAGUGGGCUUUCUAAACUUGAGACGUUCACAUUGAUGAAUUGCAAAAGGCUUCAAAAAUUGCCAAGCCUUCCAUCAACCGGACGAAAUUUUUUUUCUUUAAAGACGGGUAAUUGUACUUCCUUAAAAGUAUUCCCAGAUCCAACACCGACGUGCGGUGGAAGUACCAUUUUGAUUGAUUUUUUCAACUGCUUCAGUUUGGUUGAUCAUCAAGGUUCCAGUUCCAUAAUAUAUUUAAUGCUGAAGAAAUUCCUUCAGGUACUUCCCUCUGUCCCUCCUUCCCUCCUUAGUUGUGUACGUAGUACUAUUUAUAUCCUUCCUUUGGUGCAGGAAAUUCCUCGUUCAUGGAAAAACUUCAGAAUUGUAAUUCCUGGAAGUGAAAUUCCUGAGUGGUUCAGUAAUCAAAGUGUGGGAGACUCAGUAAUUGAGACGCUACCUUCGGAUUCUAAUAGCAAGUGGGUGGGGUUUGCUUUUUGUGCUCUAUUUGUACCUGUUGAAGAAAUUUCAGCUACGGGACAUGGACGCAUCCUUUUCAAGAUGACUGAGUACGGGAGUUUUUUUAUUGAUGUAGUCAAUGAUGUAGCGUCCGAUCACCUUUGGUUGAUCCUCCUGUCUAGGGAAAGUUCCUUUGAUAAGGAACCAACCGGGAGACCUGAGACCUAUUGGUGGAAUGAAUGCUAUGAUCGUAAGAUUCGGUUUCAUUUCAAAGUCAAAGCAUCUGCAUCUUAUCCAGGAGAGAAGACGUUGGUGAAGGUGAAGAAGUGUGGAGUCCGCAUACUGUACGAACAAGAUGCUGAAGAGCUCAACCGAACAAUGAAACAAUAUUCCAACAGAAAGAAUUCUUUUUAUGAGGACGUUACAGAUUGUGAUUUUGACAAAUCAGACAAGGUACAAGGUGCCAUCACUAAGCGAACACGUGAGCAGUACUGUAUUGAGACAGGACCAAGCGGUAUUGUUACCCUUGGCAAAGAAUCACUCUGCAAAAGAAUGAAACUGUCCACUGCCUCAAAGGAAGAGUUGAAAGAUUCAAAUUUAGUUGGGAGCAGAGAGUUCCAUCAUCCGGAAGCCUAAUCGCGCAUUUUACCGACUGAAACAUUUAAACAUGGUUGGGGGACAUCUAUUUAUGCUUAAAUGGUUUGUUUCUUAGUUUAAAUUCCACAUGUGCUGUAUAAAUUUAGUAGGUUAAUUAGCGAAGCUCUAUUUGAGAGAUUCACAUUAACUAGGGCGUGGACAAGUCAAUCAACUCCAAAAUGACCUGUGCUGUAAUUCCACUACUACAUAUUUCCUUAUGCUAAAAGCUUUAUUUUAUUAUUA